AUCAACCGCUUGCGCUUAUCCGCCCCCUAUAUGUUGAGUUGAAUGCAAUAAAAAGAAUCGUUCAAUUAAUAAAAAAGUUAAGGACGUUAUAAGUUUGUUGUAUGUUAUUAUCAGUUCGUUUUCUAAAACUAUUGAGUAUUGAAAAUUGCCUUAAUUUAUUCGUUGAACAUUAGAGUUCAAUUUGGGACGUUGCUGUCACAAUUUACAAUAACAUGGGUACACAAAACUUGUUUACCUUAGUGUAAUCCUAGAUCUGCCCUUUUUUUAAUAAGUUGAAUUUAUACUAUUUCAAUAUCCAAAAUGACUGUAAACUUCAAUGACUAUUUCUGGGGAGAGAAAAACAACGGUUUCGACGUUUUGUACCAUAACAUGAAAUAUGGUUUUCAAGCAAGUAAAGAGUUUUCCGAAUUUCUCAGAGAGAGAUCCAAUAUUGAAGAAAAUAAUUCCAAGUUGUUGGCAAAGUUAGCAAAACAAGCAGGAAGUUGUUGUGCUCAUGGUACAUUCGCUCCAAUAUGGCAAGUACUGAAAAAUUCUGCGGAAAAACUGUCAUCUCUCCACAUGCAAAUGGUGCAGAAAGUUUCUGAUUUAGUGAAAGAAGUUUCUAAAUAUGCUGACGACUUGCAGAAAAAACAUAAAACGGUUAAGGAAGAGGAAGAAGGUACACUAAGGAAAGCUCAGGCAAUGCAAGCCAUCACACUCGCAGUACAAAAAUCGAAGGAAAGUUUGAAUCAGAGAGGACUGGAACUGGAGAAGCUGCGUAAAGAAAACGCAUCACCCAAAGAAAUUGAGAAAGCAGAACAAAAAUUAAAAAAAACUCAGGAAGAUCAUAAGAAUUACAUAGAGAAAUAUACUGCAACUAAGGAGGAAUUCGAGAAAAAAAUGUGUGUCACUUGUAAGAAUUUUCAGGAAUUAGAGGUUGCGCAUCUAGUUCACAUGAAGGAGUUCUUGAAUUCGUAUGUGGAAGUUAUCGAUUGGAACCACGAGGAAAUGGGAAAAGUUCAUGCUGAGUUCAGGCAGCAGUGUGUCGAAUUGACUGUAGAUCAACUGUUAGAACAGUUUGUGAGGGAUAAAUCCACAGGCUUGGAAAGGCCAGGGCUUUUAAAUCUUGAAGAAUCAGUUUUGCCAGUGACUUCGCCAACGCAGGAAGUAGAUAACACCAAAACAAGAACGAAGCGUGAAGGUAAUGGUAAUAAUGACCAAGGUGUUCCAAGUAAUGUGAAACCAUCCCGUCGAACAACCUCCCUUCUUAAUCUCUUCAUGUCCAAUUCUCAGGGUUCACGCGAGAGCCGAGCAGGGGCAUGCAGUGCGCCUUCAAGCCCUACAACACCCGAGGGAGACCAACAGUUGACGCGUCAUCUUCAUAGAGGAUCUAAAUGGUUUCUGAGGAGCAGAAGGGACAAAGCUAAACAGAAGAAGUCAAAAAAGAAAUCUAAAGAUGGAACCGAUAACCAAAGUAACAAAGACGAAAAGUCAGAUAUGGAAGAGAAGGAUGAGGCCAGUCCUCCUGUAACGACAACCAGUGAACCAAGCGCACCUGAGCUUGACGAAGAGGGUUAUGUGAUCAGACCGAACCCGAGUCAUAACUGGAAUAGUGAAAAGGGUAGUUUCUAUUCAUCGUCAGAUUCCGAUUCAGAUGACGAAAGAGAGCGUAAGAUACACGUCGAAAUUAAACCAUUGAAUCAUAAUGGUGCAGCCCCUAUGUCGGCAUCUGUUGAUGAAUUGAGAGCCACCGUUGAAAAUUUGUACCUUUCCCCUGUUGGUAGUUCGUUCGGUAGGAGGGGUUCGAAUCUGGAAAAUCAAGAUCUGAUGAUAAAGAGGUCACAGUCGGUUUCUCAGCAAAUAGGAAAGCCUAGUAGCGACCUAUUAGGAUUAAAUUUCGUUCAGAGUCCCACUGCUUCCAAUGCUUCCACUCCAGUUAGUUCUCAUCCCUAUGCUCCGUUGCAGAGCCCUUCACAGUUGGCCUUAAACUCGCCUACUUUAUCUGUCUCGUCGAAAUACGCAGAUUUAGGUGAUUUAUUCAGUGAAGAUAACGAAGCUGGAAGUUCGAAUAAGACUAAUCGACAAACGUCUACUCCUACCUCAGGCUAUAUGUCAAUUCCACGGCCGCCUUCACGUCGUUCUGAUCCUUCCAAAAAUUUGGUGUCUCAGAAUACCAUAAGUAGAACUGAUAGCAUAAAUAGCUUAGAAUUUCGAACGGCCUGCGUUCCAGUUGGUGCUUCUAGAGGACCGUCACCUCUUACUAUUGGUAUGGCCGAUACCAUACCGUUGGCUGUUGCUUUUCACGAAAUGGUUCAUUCGUAUUUCAGAGGUGCUGAUGAGACAAGAUGUCAAGUCAAAAUGUCUGGUGAAAUGAUGUUGUCGUUUCCUGCAGGAAUAGUUACUAUAUUAGCACAUAAUCCAAAUCCUGCUAAGUUAAUGUUUCACGUUAAGAAUACUCAGAAAUUAAUAAACAUAUUGCCUAAUAAACAAUUAGUUUCUACUGAAAGUGGACAAUCUUCAUCUGAUCAGAUAGUUAUAGAAUUCAACAUGAGUGCCCUUAGCACCCUUUUGAAAAAGCAGUCAGAGCAGAACCCUAGCGCAUCUUACUUCAAUGUAGAUAUUCUGAAGUAUCAGAUCAAGCCCAAUUCAGGAGCAACUUCGUGUCCUUUCCAAUUGGUGGCUUAUUGGAAGUGUACAAAUGCCCACACAGAUUUAAAGGUUGAUUACAAAUAUAAUUCGCAUGCCAUGGCCUCACCAAGCCCAUUACUGAAUGUAACUGUGGCUGUCCCAAUCGAGAGUGGAUUGAAGAGUUUUCAGUCAAAACCAACUGCACAGUGGUCCCCAGAUAGGAAUAGGCUCGUCUGGAGAUUCACUGAACUUUCCCAGCAUUCUGAAAAUCAUGGUGUUGGAUCCAUAUUAGCCCGAGUUGAUCUGGACGGUGGACCUGCAGCUCCUUCGACAAUUUCAGCUGCAUUCAACUGUGAAGGUACCACCCUAUCCGGAAUAGAUUUUCAAUUAAUAGGUUCUGGAUACAGGCUUUCUCUAGUCAAACGUAGAUUUGUUUCUGGCAAGUACAUAUGCGAUGGAGAUUCUAAGUUCAGUUCAGGCACUGCUACACCAUCUACUGUAUCUUCUUCAGGGGAUCCAAACUGCUAGCAUUCCCAACAUAUCAUAUGUGCAAUAUUUUAUUAUUUGUAUGUAUUUAUGACUAAUGUUACAUAGCAUAUAUAGUUUAUGAAACUAUUUUAUAACCAAGUAAAAUUUUGUAAAGCUAA